AUGCUAGGGCUUGAGCAGCUCGCGCGGAUCGAUUCCCGUUUGCGACAGGCCUUUCCACAGCGCAAAGUCGAGUUCUUUGGUGGUGUGAGCGUCUUGCUUGUGGGCGAUUUCUUCCAGUUGCCACCAGUCCGGAAAGGGCAGGUAGCCUACCGGUUGUUUGACCGCACUGUCUUCCUGAUCACGGUACAGCGCCAGGUUGGCGAUGAUCAGGCCCAGUUCCGUCAGGCGUUGCAGGAACUGCGUGAAGUCAAGUUGUCUAUAACGUCCUGGAACCUCCUUAGUAAUCGGGUACAGGCCCGGGUCAACGAAUACAACCACGAGCAUAUGGUGCACCUCAACGCCCCGGCAAUACAGGUGGAGGCAAAGAAUCAGGGCAAGGGCGCGGGACAGGCACCAAGCGACAAUGCUGGCAAUCUAUCUAACAAGUUCCCUGUUGCCAAGGGCGCCAGGGGUACUGUAUACGAUAUCGCCUGGAACGCAGGCGCCGACCCAUUGGAAGACCCCCCAGCCGUUAUCAUGGUGGACUUUGACAGCUACGACGGACCGUCAUAUCUAACAACUAAUGAGGGCAGGAAAAUCUCACCCAUCCUCCCAAGCCUAACGAAGGAUCAAAUAGUUACUGACCUCGCUUCACGCGACUUCCAGGCCGGUAUUAGCUAUGUUGCUGUAUCACGGGUUACGUCGCUGCAAGGCUUACCCUUGAGGCGCCUUUCGAUCGUCAGAGCCUCUAUAACCACGCGCCGACGGAAGGGAUGA